GCGCGAUCGACCGUGGACAGCCCAGGGUCAAUAGACCUGGUGAUAGACAAGUUAUUUUGUUUUCGAGAAAGAAAUUUGAAGCUUGAUCAGUUUGGUCUUGUUAAGCAAAUUCUUUGUAGRAUGUUCGGUUCUAUUGCUUUGACAAUUCAAGCCUUAAUUCUGCUCUUAACAGUAGAAAACAGUGCUUGUCACCAAACCUCAACAACUAAAAAUACGCGCGAGUAUUACAUUGCUGCAGUCGUGAGAGAUUGGGAUUAUGCUCCAAGUGGAGUGAAUAAAGCUAAUGGACUCAAACUAGAAGACGACAGUGAUGCUUCUGUGUUUACACAAAAAGGCACUACAACCAUAGGCAAGGUAUAUGAAAAGGUAUUGUACCGUGAAUACACUGAUAACACGUUCACCAAGGAAAAGCCACACCCCCCACAUCUAGGAAUACUGGGCCCUGUUAUCAAGGGUGAAGUCGGAGAUGUAAUCAAAGUGUAUUUCAAGAAUAAAGCGAACAUCGGUCGCAGAUUUUCAGUGCAUCCGCAUGGUGUGUUUUACACCAAGAGCUCAGAGGGAGCAUUAUACGAGGAUGAGAGCACCGAAGAUGAAAAGAAGGAUGAUCACGUGCCCUUUAACGGCCAGCACACAUACGAAUGGGAAAUUCCUGAUAAUCACGGUCCCACGAAGGGUGACGAUAACUGUUUAACAUGGGUAUAUCAUUCACAUGUCGAUCCAGCAAAUGACAUCAAUACUGGCCUUGUUGGGCCGUUGUUAACCUGUAGAAAGGGUACUCUAGACUCUAAUCUGAAAAGAAUAGAUGUGGAUAAGGAAUUCUUUGCACUUUUUACGGUAUUUGACGAAAAUGUGAGCUGGCUUUUGGACAAAAACAUCGAAAGGUUUUGUACAAAUCCUGCUGCGGCAAAAAAGAAGAAGGAAGAUGAAGAUUUCAAAGAAGCUAACAAGAUGCAUUCUAUUAACGGUCUUUUUUAUGCUAAUCUACCGGGACUAGRAUUGUGUGUUGGUGAUAAAGUGAACUGGCAUUUGUUUGGUAUUGGCAAUGAAGUAGACAUACAUACAGCUUAUUUCCACGGACAGACGUUUGUAGUGGAUUCACGCCGUAAAGAUGUUGCUACUCUACUUCCUGCCACAUUUGUAACAGCCAGCAUGGUAGCCAAUAACCCAGGGACAUGGAUGUUGAACUGCGUGGUCGAUGACCACUAUGCUGCAGGAAUGUAUGCAUUAUUCAACGUGUCGCAAUGUAAUGGCAAAAGUGCCAAGAAUCCCCCACUCACUGGCAAGACACGAACAUACUAUAUCGCUGCUGAAGAAGUCAUUUGGGAUUAUGGACCAUCAGGAAUGAAUAAUUUUAAAGGUGGCAAACUGAAUGCAUCAGGAAGCGAUACUGAAGUCUUCUUUACCCGUGGUCCCCAUCGAAUCGGUGGGAAGUACAGGAAAGCUCGCUAUUUUGAAUAUACAGAUGCUUCCUUUACUUCCAAAAAGGAUCAGCCCGACCAUCUUGGUUUCUUGGGCCCCGUUAUCCGGGCGGAAGUCGGGGAUAUCAUCAAGGUUGUCUUUAAAAACCUGGCAACUAGGAACUAUAGCAUACAGCCUCAUGGUGUGUUUUUCAACAAAUCGAACGAGGGUGCACUCUAUAAGGAUUUUACAUCCGGUAAAGCAAAACUUGAUGACGUCGUAAGACCAAAUAUGACUYACGUGUAUAGUUGGAGUGUACCAGAACAUACCGGACCGACGAGAGACGAUGCACAAUGUCUAACAUGGAUUUAUUACUCCAGUGUAGACCCAGUCAAGGACACUUAUUCAGGUCUUUUCGGCCCCCUUCUGACGUGCAAGAAAGGAGUCCUAGAUGAGUCUGGUGUGAAGCAAAAGGGAAUCGAUAAAGAGUAUGUGCUUCUUUUAAUGGUGACUGACGAGAGCAUGUCUUGGUAUCACGAGGAGAAUAAAAGGCUAUUUUGUUCUGACCCAUCUGCGAUAGACAAUGAUGACGAGAACUACAAAGAGAGUAACAAGAUGCAUGGAAUCAACGGUCUUUUGUAUGCAAACCUUAAAAACCUGUCGAUGUGUAGACACGAGAAAGUGUCAUGGCACCUGAUUGGGUUAGGCAAUGAAGUAGAUAUGCACACGGUGACGUUCUAUGGACAGACAGUCACGGAAAACAAAAACAGGAAAGAUACUGUCAGCUUACUACCUGGUACUUUCACGACGACAUACAUGACUCCUGACAAUGUUGGCCAGUGGGCUAUAGUAUGUAAAACCACCGAUCACUACUUAGCCGGUAUGCAAGCAAAAUAUGAUGUUAGGAAAUGUGGGACGUCAGAUAAUGCAGAGGUCAAAGGAAGAAUCAGGAAGUACUAUAUAGCAGCCGUUGAGAAAGAGUGGGACUACGCACCAUCUGGUAAAGAUGUUCUGGACGGAACUUCUCUGGAAAACAGCGAAAAAGCUGUCACUUUUACAAAGAAGAGUAGCAAUCGCAUUGGUCGCAAGUACAAAAAAGCCUUAUAUCGAGAAUUUGAAGAUGAAUCCUUUAAUAAAGAGAAAUUGCGAACAGGCAGUGAAUAUCUUGGAGUGCUAGGCCCUAUCAUCUACGCUGAAGUUGGAGAUACUAUCGAAGUUGUCUUCAAAAACAAAGCGAAUUCACGUAGCUAUUCUGUUCAUCCACAUGGCGUAUUCUUCAGUAAAGGAAUGGAAGGUUCUGACUACUUAGAUGGUAGCGAAAGUAAAGAUAAACUAGACAACAAAGUUUCACCUGGGGAAACAUUCACGUAUAGAUGGACAGUACCGCAACGUGCAGGACCUGAAACCAGUGAUACGAACUGCAUAACGUGGGCAUACUAUUCUGAUGUAAACUCUGUCAAAGACGCCAACUCUGGACUUGUAGGACCAAUAAUUGUGUGCAGAAAGAAUACCUUAACAGAAAACGACAAACGAAAAGAUGUUGAUCGAGAUUUUGCCCUUCUUUUUACUGUCAUGGACGAAAACCAAAGCUGGUAUAUUGACGAGAAUAUCAAGGAGUACUGUACAACAACAGUCAACAAGGAAGAUGAAGACUUUCUAGAGAGCAACAAGAUGCACGCCAUCAAUGGUUAUGUGUUUGGGAAUCUUCGUGGGCUGGAAAUGACUAGGGGAGAGAAAGUUGACUGGUAUUUAAUGGGGCUAGGCAAUGAAGUCGACAUGCACACUGUGCACUUCCAUGGACAGACGUUUGUCGCGAAAUCCUUAUCUUACCACCGAGAAGAUGUUUACGACCUGUUCCCAGGAGUCUUUGCUACAGUUGAGAUGAUUGCAGACAGCAUUGGCAAAUGGAUGCUCCAUUGUCACGUCAAUGAUCACGUGGAUGCAGGAAUGGAAACCUUGUUUACCGUCAAGGAAAAGAAAACCGUUCACAGUGCAGCUAGGAUGCAAAAACCUAGUUUUUCUGUUUAUGUGGCAAUGAUUGCAACGAUUCCUCUGAUAGUCACUCAACUUGCAUGUUUUGUGCAUGGCAAUUGAAGUGCUAGCUUUAGUAGCUUAGAAACUGUAGUUCACGUUUUGGUCAACAACGCAUUGCUUUGAUAAUCGUAGCCACGAUUUUCGGGAGUAAUAUAAUAAAGAAAUGCUAACCCUUCACGGCAGUAAAUGACGACCAGUCCAUAAAAAUGUAAACGCAUAGCAGACCGUGCAACGUUGGUGUAGAAAAAAGUAAAAAUACUAAAUAAAUUCACAAACAAAACACAAA